AUGGCGUCCAGCGACGGCCUCUCGUCUCUGGGUCCGGACGGAGCUUCGGCCGCCGCAAGGGCUCUGUCUCUCCCCGCCGAGGCUUACGGCAACGAUGAGCGUCUGGAGGCCAUGUGGGCCAUGAAGGCCUACAACCAUGCCGAGGUUUACUUCAACCUCAUUUCGUCGGUGGAUCCCAAAUUCCUCAAGCUGACCAAGAUGGACGACGAGAUCUACACCAGCUUCAGGGAGACCUUCCGGGACCUGGACGUCAAGGUGCUCAACCCGGAGCUACUCAAGUCGGCCGACGCCAAAGAGAGGUGGCGCCCUUUCUGCAACUGCUACGAAGGCCUGGUGGAGGACUUCAACUUCGGGACUCUGCUGCGACUGGACUGCCGGGAGGACUACACGGAAGAGAACAGUAUUUUCGCCACCAGGAUCCAGUUCUUCGCCGUGGAGAUCGCCCGAAACCGAGAAGGCCUCAACGAUGCUGUGUUUGCGGCCAAGUCCUCCAAAAGUUAA